GGACACAGCGGAUCACCGAUCACAGAAAGAGCCGAAGCCGAUGUCGGCUCGGUCAUGUGAUCAGCUGUGUCCAAUCACAGCUGAUCACAUGGCACUGAUGAUCAGUGUGCCCUGAUGAUCAGUGUAGCCCCAGCAGUGCCACCUGUCAAUGUCCAUCAGUUCCUUAUGUCAGUGCUCAUCAGUGCCUCGUCUCAGUGCCCAUCAGUACCACAUCAAUGCCACAUCUCAGUGCCUACCAGUGCACAUCAAUGCCACAUAUCAAUGCCCAUCUGAGCGGCCUUCCAGUGUCACCCAUCAGUGCCAGUAGUACCACCUAUCAAUGCCAAUCAGUGCCACCUAUCAGUGC